CUGGCACUUGCGGGGGCUGUGUAAGGCCGUCCUCUCGGCCUGGGUGGCAAGGUUUCCCAGCGGGACACGACCCCACUUCUAUUAGGAUCACGCUCCACCACUCGAGUUUCGAGAUCAAGGUUUUAGGAAGCUGAGUGCCUGGAAGGCCCACACGCAGGUGACAGAAAUUCCAUACGGGCCUCCCCUGUAUUUCACGAAUCUUUCCUGAACCUUUAACACGUGCCAGGAUCUGUGCGGCUGCCCGAGGCACACUGGCACCCCAAACAGGCACAUUACGCCUUGUCUGCUCCCUCCCCUUCACGUGCAGGGGAAAGAGGCUGUGCAGACCGCAAAGAACGCUUGCUGGCUGGCUAACUCAGAGGACUUGGUGUUAAGACCCUCGCUGGGACCCAUGUCAUCCCUUGGAAACUAAAGGAGAUCUUGUCCUCAAAGCCUUUUAAUUGCUGGACUGAAGACUGAAUGCCCGCCUUGUUCAACACCAAAGCCGCUGCUGGUCCAGCUAAAAAUUGGUGAACCAAGCAGAAAAUUCCAGGGCACAGGCGAUUACAGGCUCCCAUCUGGAAGAUUCUGUUCCCACAGCCUGCCGGGGCGAGCCCGGCCACAGCUGCCAUGUUCGUGGUCCCUGCCCUGGUGCGGCUUAGCUCCAACAGCUGGGCCCUGUGGAGGGGACAGAAGGGAGAGUGGCAAGGACACCCCGGCCCAGGCCAGGAGGAAGAGGCGCCUGGAUGGCACUGGCUUGGCUCCGGCCCCUCCAUCGGAGCUGUUCUUGCCCACGUCCCGGCCCCCGCCCGAGGAAGCGUCCUGGUGUUGGAGGCAGCGGCCCAUGGCUCACAGGCUGCCAGGGGCCCGGAGGAGGCUGCCGAGCCCCGGGCCAUGGUCCAGUCUCGCCGGACCUGGAACCUGGGAGCCACGCCCUCGCUGCGCGGCCUGUGGAGAGUGGGCCGGGCCCCGGAGCCCGAGCCGGGGAUGGCUCGCCCCGCCCCAGCCAGCCCGGCCUCCCGCCCUUUCCCACACACCGGCCCAGGGAGGUUGAGAACUGGGCGUGGAAAAGACACUCCAGCUGGCGGUGAUGAGGACUCUGGUGCCCGAAGUGUGGCUCGCCCGACCCUAACCCAGUGCCGAGCCCUCAGCGUGGACCGUGCCGGCCCGGGCAGCCCCCGCAGGCUCUACCUGAGUGUGCAGCAGGCCCUGCAGGACAAGGGGUGCAAGAGCAAGAGUCAGGGGACGAAAGACGAGAAGCUCCCGAAGAGGCCGGCGCCGGCCCCCGGGCGGGACCGGGAGGCCCAGGAAGCUGGUGGCACCAUGAAUGUAGAGAAAACAGGUGGGCUGCUAUUUGGCAGCGGGAGGUGCCCGAGCCUGUCGGGGUCCCCAGGUGCAGUCCCCAUGGUGCAUAAGAUGGUGGAGGCCAUGUCCCAGCUGCAGGAGGAGAAAGCCCGGCUGCAGGAGCUGGCGGCCCUACGGGAGCGGCUGGCCCUCCAGGACAGUGACCCGCAAACCACACCCACCCACCUGCAGAACCAGGUAGAGAACCUCAAGGAGAAGCUCAUUGGCCAAGCGCAGGAAGUGAGCCGCCUCCGAUCAGAGCUGGGAGGCACGGACUUGGAGAAGCACCGGGACCUGCUGAUGGUGGAGAAUGAGCGACUGAGGCAGGAGAUGCGGCGUUGCGAGGCUGAGCUCCAGGAGCUGCGUGCAAAGCCGGGGGCCCCCUGCACGGGCUGCGAGCACAGCCAGGAGAGCGCCCAGCUCCGGGAGAAGCUGUCACAGCUCCAGCUGGAGGUGGCAGAGAACAAAAGCAUGCUGUCAGAGCUGAACCUGGAGGUGCAGCAGAAGACCGACCGGCUGGCCGAGGUGGAGCUGCGGCUCAAGGACUGCCUGGCCGAGAAGGCUCAGGAGGAGGAGCGGCUCAGCCGGCGCCUGCGUGACAGCCACGAGACCAUCGCCAGCCUGCGGGCCCAGUCGCCGCCCGUCAAGUAUGUCAUCAGGACGGUGGAGGUGGAGUCGUCCAAGACCAAGCAGGCCCUCAGCGAGUCCCAGACCCGGAACCAGCACCUGCAGGAGCAGGUGGCCAUGCAGAGGCAGGUGCUGAAGGAGAUGGAGCAGCAGCUACAGAGCUCACACCAGCUGACCACACAGCUCCGGGCGCAGAUCGCCAUGUACGAGUCGGAGCUGGAACGGGCGCACGGGCAGAUGCUGGAGGAGAUGCAGUGCCUGGAGGAGGACAAGAACCGGGCCAUCGAGGAGGCCUUUGCCAGGGCCCAGGUGGAGAUGAAGGCCGUGCACGAGAACCUGGCAGGGGUCCGGACCAACCUGCUGACGCUGCAGCCGGCCCUGCGGACCCUCACCAACGACUACAAUGGGCUCAAGCGGCAGGUGCGGGGCUUCCCCCUGCUGCUCCAGGAGGCCCUCAAGAGCGUCAAGGCCGAGAUCGGCCAGGCCAUUGAGGAGGUCAACAGCAACAACCAGGAGCUGCUGCGCAAGUACCGCCGGGAGCUGCAGCUGCGCAAGAAAUGCCACAAUGAGCUCGUGCGGCUGAAAGGGAACAUCCGGGUGAUCGCUCGGGUCAGGCCGAUCACCAAAGAGGAUGGGGAAGGACCCGAGGCGACCAAUGCUGUGACCUUCGAUCCUGACGAUGACUCCAUCAUCCACCUGCUGCACAAAGGAAAGCCUGUGUCUUUUGAACUGGACAAAGUCUUCUCCCCAAGGGCCUCGCAGCAGGACGUGUUCCAGGAGGUGCAGGCCCUGAUCACCUCCUGCAUUGACGGCUACAACGUCUGCAUCUUUGCCUACGGCCAGACGGGUGCUGGCAAGACCUAUACAAUGGAGGGGACCCCUGAGAACCCAGGCAUCAACCAGCGGGCCUUGCAGCUGCUCUUCACAGAGGUGCAGGAAAAGGCGUCCGACUGGGAGUACGCCAUCACCGUCAGCGUGGCCGAGAUCUACAACGAGGCCCUCAGGGACCUGCUGGGGCAGGAGCCCCAGGAGAAACUGGAGAUCCGGCUGUGCCCAGAUGGCAGUGGGCAGCUGUAUGUGCCGGGCCUGACUGAGUUCCAGGUGCAGAGCGUGGAGGACAUCAACAAGGUGUUUGAGUUUGGCCACACCAACCGCACCACGGAGUUCACCAACCUGAACGAGCACAGCUCCCGCUCGCACGCCCUGCUCAUUGUGACUGUGCGUGGCGUGGACUGCAGCACUGGCCUCCGCACCACGGGGAAGCUGAAUCUGGUGGACUUGGCCGGCUCGGAGCGUGUGGGCAAGUCCGGGGCAGAGGGCAGCCGCCUUCGGGAGGCACAGCACAUCAACAAGUCGCUCUCGGCGCUGGGGGACGUCAUUGCAGCCCUGCGCUCCCGCCAGGGCCACGUGCCCUUCCGCAACUCCAAGCUCACCUACCUGCUGCAGGACUCGCUCAGCGGGGACAGCAAGACCCUCAUGGUGGUGCAGGUGUCCCCUGUGGAGAAGAACACCAGUGAGACGCUCUACUCCCUCAAGUUUGCUGAGAGGGUCCGCUCUGUGGAGCUGGGCCCUGGGUCCCGCAGGGCAGAGCUGGGGUCCUGGUCCAGCCAGGAGCAUCUGGAGUGGGAGCCAGCCUGCCAGACGCCACAGCCCUCAGCCCGGGCUCAUUCGGCCCCCGGCUCUGGGACCACUAGCCGCCCAGGCUCCAUCCGGAGGAGGCUGCAGCCCUCGGCCUGAGGCUGAGGCUGCAGAGUCUCCAGGGAAGUCGAGGCCGUUGCCUGUCUGAUGGACUGACAGGCGCAUCCACCCACCAUGCCAGGGGCUAGGUCCUGAGGCCUCGCUGGCCUGCACCUGCUGCAGCUGGGGGUCCGGGAGGCAGAGGCCAGAGUGAGGCCCCUCUUCUGUCUCCCCUGAGAUGAAACAUGUUCAGAAGGAAAUGGUGGCUCUCGGCUGUGGCUCUUGGUGCAAAUGACUCGGGUUGGAAGGGCAGGGGUGUCCUGCUCCACCUGGCAGGCCCAGACCCUCAGACAGUGGCCCCUUGUGGGGAGGGCAGUGGUGUCGGGAGGGUGGCCCAUGCCCUGGCUGGCCCAGCUCUCCCAGGCUGCAGGGCACCCUCUUAAGUGGGCAGCUGAGGGGCCCCUGGGAGGCACAGGAACCAGAACAGGCUGGUCAGUUGGUGGGCAUGCCAGGGGAAGUCCGCCAGGGGGCGCCCCACGGGGCAUGUGUAUGGGAUGCACUGGUGUACAUAGGAGCACGGCCCUGUCAGCCCCAGGCCGGGCUGUAUUUAUGGCGGGCAGGAGGCCAGGGGGCGGGGACUCUGUUACACCCCUCAUCUGCCUGGCACCAGGCUUCCCCC